ACGUCAAUUGACGGAACGGAGUUUUCGGCCGCAUUUUGAUUUGCUUUGAAAGGCGACGUGCAUUUGCGCUUCGCCUUCUGUACGGUGUCAGAUAGAAGAGACAAAAACGAGAAAAAGCAGAGGCCGAUUAAGCGCUUUGUAAUAAUCUACUACGGAAACAAGAUUGCUGUGUAAUCUCCACAGCCAUUUCUAUAGAUCGCCCUGAGUUGGUGGCCUCAGCAAGACUUGAUCUCGAGACCUCAGAUGUUGACUGAUAUGGGACAAGUUUAUUGUGAACUACCUGCAGAGAAUCUCUCUGAUCAAAGUGAUAUCCAGAUUGAGCCUGCCUCCCAGCUUCUUGAUCAUGGUUCAAUCUCAUUUGGUAGAUUUUCAAUCGAAUCACUAGCGUGGGAGAAAUGGUCAUCCUUUUCACAGAAUAGAUGUCUGGAGGAGGUGCAAAGAUGCUCAGCACCAGGCUCAGUUGCCAAGAAGAAAGCUUACUUUGAAGCUUACUACAAGAGAAUUGCAGCCCAGAAGGCUUUGCAAGAGCAGGAGGAGCUCGCUCAAAAAGCUUCACAUGAAGCAUCUCAGCAAGCAUUGCAAGGGCAAGAGCAGUCAGAUUGGCAUUUUGAGGAUGAAAACAACUCCGAUAAAAGUUAUAACCAUCAUUUUUAUGAAGAUGUAUCUGGUCUGCAAACUCCUGAACAAAAUGGCUUCAUUAGUGAAGACCCCACUAUACAAUCUCAUGACAAUGCUACAUAUUUUCAAACUUCUGAACAGUUAAAUGAAGAGGUUGCUGUUACUAGCUCUAUUAAUUUUGAUGGCUCGUCCACAGCUCAUAAUCACGAAGAUGCAACUGUUUUACAUACUUGUAAACAAGAAAAUGAUGGCAACUUUGUAAACUGUGACAAUAUAUUGCAAGUUUCAAACAAAAUAUGUGCAUCUUCUGACAUGAUUGGAACAUUUGACAAUGAGAUUGCUAAUGAAGAAAUUGGAGAAGAGGCAAACCAGCUUGUUCAUUCACUAUCAGAUGAGUUCCAGCAUGAAGAAUUGCUUGGCGAGGAUCUAUAUUUGAAGAAUGAGACACAAGUACAGGAAGACAGUGAUAGAGUUGCAUUUGAAAGCCAAACUGAUGCUCUGAUACUGACUGCAGUGACUGAAAAUGGAAUAGCUACACCAGUAAAGCAUCAUAUUGAAGAAUUAGGAAGAACAGAUGAGAUUUCAGAGGAAGUUGAGGAGAAGGUGGCUUCUGAAGGAAGUGGGAAUAAAAUGACAUUUGACCCCAAACCUCUGUUACUAAAUGGAGCAACGAAACCAGGGGUAUUUGAACCAAAAGAACAUGAUAUCCAGGAAAUAGAAAGAAGAGAUGGAGUCUUUGAAGAAAUAGAGGAGAAGAAGAUAGUUUCUAUACACGCUAAUGUAGUUUCAAAGAAAUCAAAACAGUCAAAAGAGUCCACUCUCAAGGAGUCUGCUGCUUCUUGCAAGCCGAAGAUAACAAAGGAUCAUAAACUACAUUCUCCAAUAAAGGUGUCGGUGAAUUCACCUCAGAUAUCAAAAAGUCAAGUUUUAUCUGGGUUGAGGUCAACUGGAAAUUCUACACCUCGGGUAUCAAAAAGCCAGAUUGCAACUGGGCUUAUCUCAGGCAAUUUGACAUCUCGAAUGUCAAGAAGUCAGAUGUUAUCUGGAGUGACCUCAGGAAAUUUCACACCUCGAAGGUCACAGACUGGGCUUCCAUCUGGGUCAACAUCCUCAGGAAAGGCUAUCCCAAGGACCUUGCCAAAAACAGAGAGUGUUAUUGUUUCAAAGGGUAAUAAGAUUGGAGGAGAUAAGCGAGAGGGAGAUAGAUCUACUAAUUGUGUGAAUAAGCUGCCAAAUAUGAGAGCAUCACAAUCAAAUUUUACUGUUCCUCGACCAUUUUCUCUUGCGACAGACAAAAGAGCUUCAAAAACUCAAAAUGAUACGGAUAAGGAAAGUUCAAAGCCAGCAGCCAAGGUUCUUCAAAAUAGAAUAAACGUUCCAAGAAGUGGGAAAACCGAGGUCUCUUCUAAUAAAGCAUCAAAAUUACCUGUUACGAAGGACUUUCAUUUGGAAGAUGGAAGGACUCACAGAGCGCCAAAAAUUCCUGUAGUGAACAAUUGUAAUAAAGAAAAGCAGGCUAAAGACCAAGGGGGCUCAACUAUAUCAGAGUGCAGCUCAUCUCUUGGUAUUGUCAAGCCAAAACCAAGUCCUAAUGUGGGAGGAACAACAUUUAGCUUCAGAAGUAAUGAAAGAGCAGUAAAGAGACAAGAGUUUUAUACGAAAUUGGGAGAGAAGAUGAGUGCCAAGGAAGCAGAGAAGAACCAGUUGCAAGCAAAGACACAGGAAGAAAAGGAGGCUGAAUUAAUAAAAUUGCGGAAGAACUUAAAAUUCAAAGCCACUCCAAUGCCCAACUUCUAUCAUGAAGGAGUUCCUCCUAUGGCAGAAAUAAAAAAGAUUCCACCAACUUCUGCAACGUCUCCAAGGUUUGGAAGGAAGAAUACAGACCGUGGGACAAAUUUGAGUAAGUCUCUCCAGGUUUUUAAGACUGUGCCUGAUCAAGAGAACAAGAACAGCGGCUUGGGAGAGAAACACAUUUAUAUGUCAGGUGUAAAUAGAGACGCUUUGCCAGCUACCAAUAGCAGUUCAUUGUCUAAGAAGGUACCAAGCUCUUCAAAGUCCCAAAUGAAGAAGGAACUAAGACACGUUCUUUUUAAUGAUUUAAGUAAAACAGAAGGUAAAAAUCAUUCUGAAGGAAAAACUUCCUUAAAAAAAUCUGAAGCUGAUGGUGUGAAAUUAGUAAGUACCAAUUUAACGGAAGAUCCAUAUCCUUCUAGAGAAAGCAGUGUGCCUGCCUUGAGUAGAGAAGCCAAAAAGACUGGUAUGGACAGCUUUAAUACAAUUCCCAAAGUUCUGAAUGCAUCUCAGGAUAUGGAUUCAACUGAAGAUUCACAAAUUUGAAAGGUGCAAAAUGGAUGAACAGUGCAGCAAGGAUAAAGAAAACAAUAAUAUCCAUACCAUUUUGAAGAGUUCCUUUCUUCAGAAAGAGCAUAGAAACAUUCAUUAACCUUCGCUCGUAGUAUUGAGUGGCAAAGGAAUGCAAGCCAAUCGUCGAUUCUUCACAAAGGUCUCAGAUGUUUAGAUGGACUGGAAUAUGUUAAGCCAGAGCUCAAGGUAACUCUAUAGUGACAUUUUCCUUUAGGUAUACAGACUGUCUCUUUGUCUGGAUAGAGGCUAUAAUCAAUACGUGAGAAGUUUUGAGACCACACUUAUUUGGUGAGACCUGGUACUCAUGGGAAUUUAUCUCUACGUAUUCUCAUACAUGCAAGGACAAUAGUAGAUAUGAUUAUGGGAUUUGGUAACUGGCUUACUAGUGUGUCAUACAGUGGGUUAUGUAUCAGAUCACUGCCAUUUGAAAUGCUGUUAGUCUACUCAUGAGCUUUAGCUGUGAUGGGCCUUACAAAAAGGGUCAUUUUCUGUCGAAUGCAGGUCAUAUUCUCAAAGAUCUUUUACCUUAUAGUUGCCAAGCUCUAUUUGUCUUUCAUUGCUGUAGGCAUAUCUGUUCAAUAGCAAAGACAUUUGUAUAUUAUUAUUAUUGAAUAUUGGCUUGGAAUUUGGGGGAAUAUGUUUUCUCUUAUAGCUGGUAAACUCAAAAGGGCUUUAAAAUUAUAAAAGUGCCGAUGUUGAGUUUAUCUUUAUCAACAUGUAUCAUGUUUGUAUGUUUUCUUCUGUGACUUUUAACAAUAUGUUAUUUUCUUGUUGAGUACGUUAAUUUAGAAGCAUAUUAAACA